AUGCAAGUCAACGCGGAUCUAAGACCGAUUCUCGGUCCUCAACUUGUUCGUUUGGAUCCCAUGAGAAUCAAGCAGCUACAAGAUCCUCAAGUGUACGAUGCGAUCGAUAGUCUCGCCAAACUCUCGGCCCAUUGCCUCCAACUUCGUACUCCAUUGACAACUUGUGAGAAACUCAUCAAUUCUGAUUCCACUUUAUAUCUCUCAUGGAAAUACGAUGAGGAAGAAAAAGUGAGCCGUCUUCUUGGAUUUGCCAAAGUGGGAAGAAAGAAGUUGUUCCUUUAUGAUGCUCAAAUGCAAACGUACGAAGGAGAAGUUCUUUGCCUUCUCGACUUCUAUGUUCACUUCUCAACUCAACGUCAAGGCGUUGGAAAGCAAAUUCUGGACUACAUGUUCUCACAGGAGCAUGCUGAACCCUAUCAAUUGGCUCUUGACAAUCCAUCGGUCACUCUUCUCGGUUUUAUGUCCCAGAAAUAUGGAAUGAAUCGACCAGUUUGGCAGAAUACCAACUUUGUUGUUUUCGACGAGCUCUUCCAAUCGUUGUCUGCUGAGAAUGGAGUUGGUACGGUUGAUUUCCAAAGCUGCAAGUAUAGAAUUUUCAAUUCAGAGAAGUCACCACCAGAUGGAUGGCGUCGUCCAAUGACUCCACGUCGGUUGGGAACUGGAAUGACUGACACUCGUUGGCUUCAACACGCUGUCAGUGGACAUCAAAGCAAGGGAAAUGCGAUGGCCGCUCCAGUCGAUGCUGACAUGACUCCACAAGGAGCGCUGAGCAACCGAGCUCAUCAGGCCAAAGCCAGAAAGGCCCAUAUUCUCUCCAGCAAGCCACUUUGGUGA